UGUCAUGUCAAGCAAGAAGUCUGCGCAAAUUUUGUAAAAAGAUCUAUUUCAUUCAUUGUGAAUAUUGAAUAACGAGAAGGUGCUCCUAUUUAUUCGAAAUACGAAAGGUCAUACCUUAGUGCUGUGAAAUACAGGUGUACAUAUGAUAAUAAACAUGAUUAAAGGUUUGGUGAUAUUUGGUGCGGGGCUUUACACAGGAGUUUAUGUAGCUCAAAACUAUAAGAUAGAUAAAGUGGAAGACCCGAAGGUGUUGUUUGAAAGAGCACAAGCUUAUUUGAAAGACAAACUAGCAGAAGCCAGCGACAAGAAAGAUAAAUGAUGGUUGCAACUUCGGCAUAGGAUAAUUCUAUUAAAACAAGAACAUGUCAUUCAAUAAGUUUAUUUGUAAAUAUUUUAAGUAGUCCUAUAAAAUGAUAAACUGAAAUAAAGUUAGCAAUAAAUA